CUGCGGAGAGCCUGCUUACGAAGGUGAGUUCGGCGCCAGUGCUCCGCCAGCGGCGCUCGGGAGAGGAAGUCUGCGGAGAGCCUGCUUACGAAGCGAUGCUGCUGUGGGUGUUGCUGUGCUGUGGGCUUGCCACGGCGGCUGGACGCCGGGUUCAGCAGGUAGACCGUCUGACCAAUCAGCUCUCAAGCACGCUGGAGGAGCAGGACUGCGAAGACGGGACGUACCCACCACCGGCGAAGCAUGCCGUGCCCAACUACAUCAUCAACCUGGACCUGCCGCCCGAAGUACCGCUACUGCAAACUUAUGGAGGAUAUGGGACCGGCGGCCAGCAACCUGCUGGAGAUCGUGCGGCGCGAGGCGGCCACACUGUUCGGCGACGGGCUGUUCCGCGCCGUGGAGCGCGCCUCCGAGCUGCUGGGCCGCCGCCUGCCCUACCCGUUCCACGACGAGAUCCGCGGCAUCGCCAUGGCCGCCAGCAUGUCCGAGGGUGACGUCACACUGAUGAACAUCUUCUACGAGGUGUUCACUGUUUGCACUUCCAUCGUGGCUGAGGGCACGGACGGCACGCUCUACCACGGCCGCAACCUGGACUUCGGCCUGUUCAUGGGCUGGGACCGCACCAAUCACACCUGGGUGGUGGCCGAGGCCCUGCGGCCGAUGACCGUGACGCUCGAGUACACCAGGAACAACCGCACCCUCUUCCGCACGGCCGGCUUCGCAGGCAUGGUGGGCGUGCUCACUGGAGUACGACCGGGCCUCUUCUCGCUGACCAUUGACGAGAGGUUCACACUGAAGCCGGGGCUUUGGUACAUGCUGCAGUGGGCGUUUGGAGCCAAAGUCCAGUGGAACACCGUCAUCACAAGACAGGUCCUGGAGAACGGCACCGAUUAUGGUUCUGUGGAAAAGCAGCUGGCCAAGACGGCGCUGAUCGCUCCGGUCUACUUCAUCCUGGCCGGCAACAAGUCCGGGGAGGCCUGCGUCAUCACCAGGGACCAAUACAAGGCGGACAUAUGGCCCCUGGGCAUCGCUUCACUCACCCAGAAGUCUCGGUGGUACCUGCUGCAGACCAACUACGACCACUGGAAGCGGCCGCCGUUCUUCGACAACCGGCGUGGGCCGGGCGUGCGCUGCAUGGACCGGCUCGGCCAGGCUGCGCUCAGCCCGGCCCGGCUGUACGAUGUGCUCCACUCGAAGCCAGUCAGAAAUCGGCUGACGGUGUACACGGCUCUGCUGGAGCCCGCCCGCGGACAUCUGGAGGCCUGGCUCCAGUACUGCUCCGACCCGGACUGCGCCAUCUGGUGAGGCAUCGGCGGCCGGGCCGGCGAGUCUCGGCUCACCUGCCCCGGGCGGGGCAGACGUCCUCCUCCCGGGCGCUGGAGCACAGCGGCACGCCAGGCCGGCGUGGCUCGGCUCGCCUGCCCCGGGCAGGGCAGACGUCCGCCCCCUUCCGGCCGCUGGAGCACGGCGGCACGCCAGGCCGGCGUGGCUCGGCUCGCCUGCCCCGGGCAGGGCAGACGCCCCUGCCCCCUCCCGGGCGCUGGAGCACGGCGGCCCGCUCCCGUAAAGCCGACUGCGCGAUCGAGUCGGCGCGCUGACCUCCUGGUCCGAUUGAUUCCCAUUUGAAGUCAGGAUACUGGCGGAGCGUACGCGUUUUCUGUGCACCCUUUGUGAAUACAAACUAUCUAUCGUACACGAACGUGUA